UCAAUCCCUGUGCCUCACAACACAGCCUGGAAGAAGCAGGGGACACGCUUUACCCUUCAGUAACAAGCCAUAUGUGGUGGCACCGGGAGUCACACAACUGUGAACAAGACUGUUUCCCAUAUCUCUCAAGGUUUAGCUUGUAAUAUCUUGGGAGGAUGGCAGAAGGUGCAGACGGAGAGGAGGAGAUCCAGUUCCUGCGUACAGAUGACCAGGUGGUGCUGCAGUGCACUGCAUCUAUUCUGAAGGAGCAGAUUAAGGUGUGUCUGUCGUGUGAAGGCUUUGGAAAUCGUCUGUGUUUCCUCGAGACCACCUCAAAUGCACAGAAUGUUCCCCCAGACCUGGCUAUCUGCUGCUUCAUUUUGGAGCAGUCCCUGUCGGUUCGAGCGUUACAAGAGAUGCUGUCAAACUCCUCUGUUGAUGAGGCAGUCGAUUUGGACAAAUGGUCCUCACAAGGUGGGGGUCACCGCACCCUCCUCUAUGGACAUGCAAUCCUCCUGAAGCACACUCACUCCAGUAUGUACUUGAGUUGUUUGACGACUUCACGCUCACUGACGGACAAGUUGGCUUUUGACGUGGGCUUGCAGGAAGACUCAACUGGGGAGGCCUGCUGGUGGACCAUACAUCCAGCCUCCAAGCAAAGGUCUGAGGGUGAGAAGGUCAGAGUGGGAGAUGACCUCAUCCUUGUCAGUGUUUCCUCAGAGCGAUACCUGCACCUUUCCUACGCAAGUGGUGACUUGAUGGUAGAUGCUUCCUUCAUGCAAACGCUGUGGACCAUGACUCCUGUGAUGUCUGGGUGUGAGCUGGCUGAAGGUUUUCUGACUGGGGGAUAUGUGCUCAGGCUUUUCCAUGGUCACAUGGAUGAAUGUUUGGCCAUUCCUGGAGCUGACCAAGGGGAUGACCAGCGCAGGCUUGUUCAUUAUGAAGGUGGCGCUGUGUGCAGUCAUGCUCGUUCCUUAUGGAGACUCGAGCCCCUGCGUAUUGCUUGGAGCGGAGGCCACAUUAAAUGGGGCCAGUCCUUCCGGAUUCGCCACAUAACAACGGGCAGAUACCUGUGCUUGGAUGAAGAGAAAGGACUUCUGCUGGUGGACUCCGAGAAAGCAAAUUCCAAGAUGUCAGCCUUCUGCUUCAGAAUUUCCAAGGAAAAAAUUGAAGUGACUCAGAAGCGUGACGUGGAAGGCAUGGGCACACCUGAGAUCAAGUAUGGAGAGUCCAUGUGCUUCGUACAGCAUGUUUCCACUGGCCUCUGGCUUACAUAUGCUGCUGUUGAUGCUAAAUCUGCCCGUUUAGGCCCUCUGAAGAGAAAGGCCAUACUCCAUAAAGAAGGUCACAUGGAUGAUGCACUCACAGUUGCUCGAUCCCAGACAGAGGAAUCUCAAGCUGCCAGAAUGAUUUACAGCACUACAGGCCUCUUCACCCAGUUUAUAAAAGGUCUAGAUGCGCUAAGCGGGAAAAAUAAAUCGGCCAAUCCUCCGUCUCUGCCCAUGGACACAGUGGUGCUAUCACUGCAGGACCUCAUUUUCUACUUCAGACCCCCCGAGGAGGAACUGGAGCACGAGGAGAAACAGUUCAAGCUUCGCUCCCUCAAGAACAGACAGAACCUUUUCCAAGAAGAGGGCAUGAUUACGCUUGUUCUGGACUGUGUUGACCGGCUCAAUGUGUACAACACAGCUGCACACUUCUCAGAGUACGCCGGGGAAGAAGCCGCAGAGUCUUGGAAAGACAUAGUAAAUUUACUGUAUGAAUUGUUGGCUUUCCUGCUUCUCCUCGUUUGUGAAGCCUCUUUGAUCAGGGGAAAUCGUGCAAACUGCGCCCUUUUCUGUGACAACCUCGACUGGCUGGUCAGCAAACUGGAUCGUUUGGAAGCUUCCUCAGGAAUCCUGGAGGUGUUGUACUGUGUUCUGAUUGAGAGUCCGGAGGUGUUGAAUAUCAUCCAGGAGAAUCACAUUAAAUCAAUCAUCUCUCUUCUGGAUAAGCAUGGACGCAAUCACAAGGUCCUGGAUGUGCUGUGUUCCCUGUGUGUGUGCAAUGGGGUGGCUGUUAGAUCCAAUCAGAAUCUCAUCACAGAGAAUCUACUUCCAGGUCGUGACCUCCUGCUUCAAACCAGAAUUAUCAACUAUGUAACCAGCAUGAGACCCAACAUUUUCUUGGGAACAUGUGAAGGAUCCACUCAGUAUAAGAAGUGGUAUUUUGAGGUGAUGGUAGACCACGUUGAGCCAUUCCUUACUGCUCAGCCCUAUCACCUGCGUGUGGGUUGGGCUCUGACAGAGGGCUACAGUCCUUACCCUGGUGGUGGGGAGGGCUGGGGAGCUAACGGCGUUGGGGAUGACCUCUACUCCUAUGGGUUUGAUGGGCUUCACCUCUGGUCAGGACGUGUUCCCCGCCAUGUUGCUUCUCCCAGUCAGCACGUCCUGGCGGCUGAGGAUGUGGUCAGCUGCUGUUUGGAUCUCAGUGUACCCAGCAUCUCCUUUCGUAUCAAUGGACAUCCUGUUCAGGGAAUGUUUGAGAACUUCAAUCUGGAUGGCCUGUUUUUUCCAGUCGUCAGCUUCUCUGCAGGCGUUAAGUUGCGGUUUCUUCUUGGUGGCCGUCAUGGGGAUUUCAAGUUCCUCCCACCUCCAGGAUAUGCUCCGUGUUAUGAGGCAGUGCUUCCCAGGGACCGAUUGCGGAUCGAACCCAUCAAGGAGUAUAAACACGAUUUUGAUGCGGUUCGAAAUCUGCUGGGUCCAACCCAGGCCCUUUCACAUACAGCCUUUACUCCCUGCCCUGUGGAUACCAUACAGAUUGUUCUUCCUCCUCACUUGGAACGCAUUCGAGAGAAGCUGGCAGAAAACAGUCAUGAGCUUUGGGCUGUUACUCGCAUUGAACAAGGCUGGACAUUUGGAUCAUUUCGUGAUGACAAUAAGAAGCUGCAUCCGUGCCUGGUAGAUUUCCAGAGUCUGCCCGAGCCAGAGAAGAACUACAAUUUAGCAAUGUCUGGAGAGACGCUGAAGACUCUGCUGGCUCUUGGCUGUCAUGUCGGAAUGGGAGAUGAGAAAGCAGAGGAGAACCUGAAAAGGACCAAGCUCCCCAAGACUUACAUGCAGAGCAAUGGAUAUAAACCAGCCCCUUUGGACCUCAAUCAUGUCAAGCUGACUCCUAAUCAGAACACUCUUGUGGAGAGACUAGCAGAAAAUGGACACAAUGUAUGGGCAAGAGACCGCGUUCGUCAGGGCUGGACUUACAGCAUUGUGCAGGAUAUAAUGAACAAGCGUAAUCCCCGUUUGGUUCCCUACAACCUCCUGGAUGAGAAGACGAAAAAGACCAACAGAGAGACAGUUUGCGCAGCUGUCCGCACCCUCCUCGGAUAUGGUUACAACAUAGAGCCACCUGACCAGGAGAGUAGUGGACACGGAGCAGGCAGCCUCCGUGGGGACAAAAUCAGAGUAUUUAGAGCAGAGAAAUCGUAUGCCGUCACACAGGGGAAGUGGUAUUUUGAAUUUGAGGCUGUGACGGUGGGGGAGAUGAGGGUGGGCUGGGCCAGACCCAGCGUUCGUGCAGACACGGAGCUUGGUGCAGAUGAAUUAGCAUACGUCUUCAAUGGAUACAAGGCUCAACGCUGGCAUGUGGGAACUGAGCCAUUUGGACGUCAGUGGCUGUCAGGUGAUGUGGUGGGCUGCAUGAUUGACCUCACGGAGAUGAACAUCAUGUUUACACUCAAUGGGGAAAUGUUGAUCAGUGACUCGGGAUCGGAAAUGGCCUUUAAGGAUAUUGAGAUAGGGGAAGGCUUCAUCCCUGUGUGCAGUCUGGGCCUUUCCCAAGUUGGGAGAAUCAACCUUGGUCAGAAUGUCAGUAGUCUUCGUUAUUUUACCAUCUGUGGACUGCAAGAGGGAUUUGAACCCUUUGCAAUCAACAUGAAAAGAGACAUUACCAUGUGGUUCAGCAAAAGCCUGCCCCAGUUCAUCAAUGCACCUACGGAUCAUCCUCAUAUGGAGGUUUCACGUGUUGAUGGGACUGUGGAAACGCCUCCCUGUAUCAAAGUGACCCACAAGACGUUUGGAUCUCAGAACGCCAACACAGAUAUGCUGUUCUUCAGACUCAGCAUGCCAAUUGAGUUUCAUGAGACCUUCAAGGUCCCAGCGGGGACAACACUUCUCACUCGAGCUCUUACUAUUCCGGAGGAUGACGUUGUAGAGGUGGACCCCGACUCUGACUUUGAAAUACUCAAGAAGUCAGCUUCUCGUAAAGAGCAGGAGGAAGAGAAGAAAGAGCCCUCAGUGCCCAAAGAAACGCCCGCCAUUAAAAAUGGAGAAAAUGAGAAGGACGCUUCUACCGAGAAGAGCAAGAAAAAAGGGUUCCUUUUUAAGGCUAAAAAGGCUGCAUUAAUAACACCACCACCUGUUGUUCCCACAAUGCCCCGCUUAAUGGAAGAUGUUGUCCCAGAUGACAGAGAUGACCAGGACAUAAUCCAAAGUACCACAACAUACUAUUACUCAGUGCGAAUAUUCGCAGGACAGGAACCAGGGGGAGUUUGGGUGGGCUGGAUCACACCAGAUUAUCACCAGUACGACCCUCAUUUUGACAUCAGCAAAGUGAGAAAUGUGACGGUCACUGUAGGAGAUGACAAAGGCAACAUUCAUGACAGCAUAAAGCGUAGCAACUGCUACAUGGUGUGGGGAGGGGAGUUCGGCAGUUCCCAGCAGACCCGUGUCAGUCAGGAGGACUUUGUAAUUGGCUGUCUUGUUGACCUGGACACAGGACUCAUGACUUUCACUGCAAAUGGAAAAGAGAUCAAUACAUUUUACCAGGUGGAGCACAACACCAAACUAUUCCCUGCUGUCUUUGUUCAGCCUUCAAAUCAGAAUAUGAUUCAGUUUGAACUGGGCAAGCUCAAGAACAUCAUGCCCAUCUCAGCGGCCAUGUUCCGCAGUGAACGUAAGAACACAGUCCCCCAGUGCCCUCCAAGACUCGAUGUCCAGAUGUUGACCCCAGUUAUCUGGAGUCGGAUGCCCAAUCAUUUCUUGGCUCCGGAGACGGGGCGUGUUAACGAGAGGCUGGGCUGGAUGGUGCAGUGUCAGGAGCCCCUCACUAUGAUGGCGCUGCACAUCCCAGAGGAGAACAGGUGUAUUGACAUCUUGGAACUGUCGGAACGGAUGGACCUGUUGAAGUUCCACUAUCACACCCUGAAGCUGUACGGCUCAGUCUGCGCUCUGGGGAAUAACCGUGUGGCACACGCACUGUGCAGUUACGUCGAUGAGUCUCAGCUUUUCUAUUCCAUAGAGAACACCUAUCUCCCUGGACCAAUGAGGAGUGGUUUCUAUGACCUGCUCAUUAGCAUGCACCUGGAGUCUGCCAAACGGAACCGUUUGGGAACUAACAAGGAAUUCAUAGUACCCAUGACAGAUGAAACUCGCACUAUCACUCUGUAUACAGAAAAAUCCCACGCUUUGCCUGGAGUUGGUCUCACAACAUGUCUCCGUCCAAAGCUCCAUUUUUCCUCUGUUGGCUUUGUGGGAACAGAUCAAAAUAUUUACACGCUGAGCCCAGUUGUUCCUUUACAGGUGUUAAAGACCAAGGCCCUGAACAUGCUGAUUGAAGCGGUUCAGGAUGGAGGUCAAGCCAUGAGAGAUCCAGUGGGAGGCAGUGUUGAGUUUCAUUUUGUUCCGAUCCUGAAGCUCAUCAGUACCCUGCUCAUAAUGGGUGUGUUUGAUGAUGAGGAUGUUACACAGAUCCUGAAAAUGAUUGAUCCCACUGUCUUUAGUGUUACAAAAUCAGAGGAGCCUGCUGAGGAACACUUAAAUGUCGAUGAAGAGGCAGAAGCUACCCAAGUUGUAGCUGUCAAAGGUGUAGAGCAGGAAGCUGUUAGGGGAGAUGAAGAAGCGGAAUUUGAGGAUUAUGGCUUUGGUGAAGAAGAAGAGGAGGAAGAAGAAAUAGAGGAUGAAGAAAUAGAAGACCCUGAACCAGUUGUUCCACAUGAGGAAGCUGAAGUGGAAACAGAUCAUGUAAAUGGUGAGAAAGGAGCCGAUGAAACAGAGAAAGAGCCCAAACCGGUUGACACUGGUGGAGAAGCUAAAGAAGAACUAUUAGAACAAGGGCUCUUUCAGAUGAAACUACCUGAGUCUGUAAAACUACAGAUGUGUACUCUACUGCAGUAUUUCUGUGACUGUGAGCUACGUCACAGAGUGGAGGCUAUCAUUGCCUUUUCAGACUCGUUUGUCAGCGAGAUACAGUCCAACCAGAGGCAGCGCUACAACGACCUAAUGCAGGCUUUCACCAUGAGUGCUGCUGAGACCGCCCGCAAGACUCGGGAAUUUCGCUCUCCUCCACAGGAGCAGGUCAACAUGCUCAUGAAUUUUAAGAACAGCCUGGAUGAUGAAGAAAGCCCAAUCCCAGAUGAGGUCCGCGAGGCCUUUGUAGUUUUCCACAAUGCUCUGUUGGCACACUGCGGUGUUCACAUUGAAGAGGAAGAAGAAGAAGAGGAAGUGGAUAAUUCUGUUCGUGGACGAUUGCUCCGUAUGUUGGAAAAGGUGAAAAAAUUCCGUGAAAAGAAGAUAGAAGUGGAGCCUGAGCCACAGGAAGACAAAAAACCAAGCACAUUACAAGAGCUGAUUUCCCACACAAUGAUCCACUGGGCCCAGGAGUCAUUCAUACAGAACCCUGAGCUGGUUCGCAUGAUGUUCAGCCUCCUCCACAGGCAGUAUGACGGGCUGGGCGAGCUGAUGCGUGCCCUUCCCAAGGCUUACACCAUCAAUGCAGUGUCGAUUCAAGACACCAUGGACCUGCUGGAAUGCCUGGGCCAGAUCCGUUCACUGCUCAUUGUGCAGAUGGGUCCAGAGGAGGAAAGGCUCAUAAUCCAAAGCAUUGGGAACAUCAUGAGUAACAAAGUUUUCUAUCAGCACCCCAACCUGAUGCGGGCUCUGGGCAUGCAUGAAACCGUCAUGGAAGUCAUGGUCAAUGUACUGGGGGGUGGGGACUCCAAGGAGAUCAGAUUCCCUCGGGUGGUGACAAACUGCUGUCGUUUUCUCUGUUAUUUCUGCCGCAUCAGUCGUCAGAAUCAACGUUCCAUGUUUGACCACCUCAGCUAUCUUCUGCAGAAUAGUGGCAUUGGCCUCGGAAUGCGAGGGUCGACACCCUUGGAUGUGGCUGCAGCCUCCUGUAUUGACAAUAAUGAACUGGCACUGGCUCUCCAAGAGCAGGAUUUAGAAAUGGUGGUGAAGUAUUUGGCUGGAUGUGGACUUCAGAGCUGUCCCAUGCUGCUGGCUAAAGGUUAUCCUGACAUUGGCUGGAAUCCAUGUGGGGGAGAGAAAUACCUUGACUUUCUCCGUUUUGCUGUAUUUGUCAAUGGAGAAAGUGUUGAAGAAAAUGCCAAUGUGGUUGUACGUCUCCUCAUUCGGAGACCUGAGUGCUUCGGUCCAGCCCUGAGGGGGGAGGGUGGUAAUGGUUUGCUGGCUGCGAUAGAAGAAGCCAUUAAAAUAUCAGAGGACCCUGCAAGGGACGGUCCAAGUGUUAAAAAAGACAGACGUUUUCCCAUGUUUGGAGGAGAGGAGCAGCAUGAGGAGAACAGAGUGCACCUUGGAAAUGCCAUCAUGUCUUUCUACUCUGCACUUAUUGACUUACUGGGACGAUGCGCACCAGAGAUGCAUUUGAUCCAAGCUGGUAAGGGUGAAGCUCUAAGGAUCAGAGCAAUUUUGAGGUCUCUGGUUCCCAUUGAAGAUCUGGUUGGAGUCAUCAGUCUCCCAGUUCAGAUCCCAUCUUUUGGGAAAGACAACAGCAUCAUAGAGCCAAAGAUGUCAGCCAGUUUUGUGCCAGAUCACAAGGCACCGAUGGUGCUUUUCCUGGAUAGAGUUUAUGGCAUUGACAACCAGGAUUUCCUGCUCCAUGUUCUUGAGGUGGGCUUUUUGCCUGACAUGAGGGCUGCUGCCUCUCUGGACACUGCUGCUUUCAGCACCACGGAGAUGGCUCUGGCUUUGAAUCGCUACCUCUGUUCUGCAGUGUUGCCUCUCAUCACAAAGUGUGCCCCACUCUUUGCUGGCAGCGACCACCGAGCAAUAAUGAUUGACUCCAUGUUGCACACUAUCUACAGACUGUCGAGAGGCAGAGCCUUUACAAAAGCCCAAAGAGACAUUAUUGAGGAAUGCCUCAUGGCUUUGUGCAAACAUCUACGACCAUCCAUGCUCCAGCAUUUGCUGAGACGGCUGGUAUUUGAUGUGCCUAUCCUGAAUGAGUAUGCCAAAAUGCCACUGAAGCUUUUAACCAACCACUAUGAGCGUUGCUGGAAAUAUUACUGUCUCCCUAACGGAUGGGCCAACUUUGGAGUUGCCUCAGAAGAGGAAUUACAUCUGACUCGAAAGCUUUUCUGGGGAAUCUUUGAGUCACUUGCACAUAAGAAAUUCGAUCAUGAAAUUUUCAAAAUUUCAAUGCCAUGCAUCUGCGCCAUUGCUGGAGCUAUUCCUCCAGAUUAUGUGGAUGCCAGCUAUUCCUCCAAAACGGAGAAGAAGGCAUCAGUGGAUGCAGAGGGAAACUUUGACCCGAAACCAGUAGAGACCACAAACACAAUAAUCCCUGAGAGACUGGAUCCUUUUAUCAACAAAUAUGCUGAAUAUACGCAUGAUAAAUGGGCCUUUGAAAAGAUUCAGAAUAACUGGUCAUACGGCGAAGUGUUGGAUGAGAACGCUAAAACACAUCCCAUGCUCAGACCGUACAAAACCUUCUCAGAAAAGGACAAAGAGAUCUACCGGUGGCCAAUCAAAGAGUCUAUCAAGGCGAUGCUUGCAUGGGAAUGGAACCUAGAUAAGGCCAGGGAGGAAGAGGAAUCAGAGAAGAAAAAGGCAGCUUCAAGAAAAAUCUCCCAGACUGCUCAGGCAACAUAUGACCCAAGCCAUGGCUACAGUCCGCAGCCCAUUGAAAUCUCACACAUGGGACUGUCCAGAGAUCUACAGUCAAUGGCAGAGCAACUGGCAGAAAAUUACCAUAACACUUGGGGACGCAAGAAAAAGUUAGAGUUACAAGCCAAAGGAGGUGGAACGCAUCCUCUGCUGGUGCCCUAUGACACUCUGACAGCAAAAGAGAAGGCACGAGACAGAGAGAAGGCCUAUGAGUUACUAAAGUUCCUGCAACUUAAUGGAUAUGCUGUCACAAGGGGCCUGAAAGACAUGGAGUCUGAAAUAUCAUCCAUUGAGAAGAGAUUUGCUUAUGGCUUCUUGCAAAAACUGUUAAAAUGGAUGGAAAUUGCCCAGGAGUUCAUUGCUCAUCUGGAGGCUGUGGUAAGCAGUGGACGAGUGGAAAAGUCCCCUCAUGAGCAGGAAAUCAAAUUCUUUGCUAAGAUUUUGAUGCCUCUCAUCAAUCAGUAUUUCAAAAAUCACUGCCUCUACUUCUUAUCAACCCCUGCAAAAGUACUGGGGAGCGGUGGGCAUUCUUCCAAUAAGGAGAAGGAGAUGAUUGCAAGUAUCUUCUGUAAAAUGUCUGCUUUGGUGAGGCACAGAGUUUCUCUCUUUGGAACGGACGCGUCAGCCAUUGUUAACUGCCUUCACAUUUUGGCACGGUCACUGGAUGCAAGGACGGUCAUGAAGUCAGGGCCUGAGAUUGUGAAAGCGGGCCUACGGUCAUUCUUUGAGAGUGCUGCCGAUGACAUCGAGAAGAUGGUAGAGAAUCUCAAACUGGGGAAAGUAUCCAAGGGCAAUCAGCAAGUGAAAGGUGUUUCCCAGAACAUCAACUACACAACUAUUGCGCUGCUCCCAGUGCUGACCUCCCUGUUUGAUCACGUUGCCCAGCACCAGUUUGGAGAUGAUGUCAUGUUGGAUGACCUACAGAUGUCCUGCUAUCGCAUCAUGUGCAGCAUCUACUCUCUGGGGACUGUGAAGAAUCCACAUGUUGAGAGGCAGAGGCCAGCUCUUGGAGAGUGUCUGGCCCACUUAGCAGCAGCUAUGCCAGUUGCCUAUUUAGAGCCCAAUCUAAACGAGUACAAUGCUUUCUCUGUCUACACUACAAAGACACCAAGGGAAAGAGCCAUACUGGGUCUUCCCAAUGAGGUCCAGGAACUAUGUCCAGACAUUCCAGAGCUAGAUGUCCUGUUAAAGGAGAUAGGAGACUUGGCAGAGUCAGGGGCCCGUUACACCGAGAUGCCUCAUGUGAUUGAAAUCACUUUGCCCAUGCUGUGUAACUACCUGCCACGCUGGUGGGAGAGAGGCUCAGAAAACCUCCCUGAUAUGGAGGGUCGACUUUGCACUGAUGUCACAUCGGAACACCUCAACCAGCUGCUGGGCAGCAUCAUGAAAAUUGUAGUCAACAACUUGGGUAUUGAUGAGGCCUCCUGGAUGAAGAGGUUGGCUGUGUUUUCACAGCCCAUUGUCAGCAGGGCAAAGCCAGAAAUGCUUAAAUCCCACUUCAUUCCCACUAUGGAGAAGCUGAAAAAACGUACUUCAAAGGUAGUAGCAGAAGAGGACCAUUUGCGGAUGGAGGGAAAAUCAGAGGGGGAUGAGGAGGAUGGCACCAUACGUGAUGAGUUCGCUGUCCUCUGCAGAGACUUGUAUGCUCUUUAUCCUCUGCUUAUUCGCUAUGUGGACAACAACAGGGCAAGAUGGUUGACUUGUCCUGACCCAGAUGCAGAAGAACUCUUCCGAAUGGUGGGAGAGGUCUUCAUUUUCUGGUCCAAGUCUCAUAACUUCAAGCGAGAGGAACAGAACUUUGUAGUGAUGAAUGAGAUCAAUAACAUGUCAUUUCUCACUGCUGACAGCAAGAGCAAAAUGACAAAGGGAGGCGGCUCAGACACUGAACGCACCAAGAAGAAGAAACGGGGAGAUCGUUACUCUGUUCAGACAUCGCUCAUUGUUGCUGCUUUGAAAAAGAUGCUGCCCAUAGGCCUCAACAUGUGCUCUCCUGCGGACCAGGAGCUCAUCAACUUGGCCAAGAUUCGAUACUCCUUGAGAGACACAGAUGAGGAAGUGAGAGAAUUCCUGCAGAACAACCUCCAUCUACAGGGAAAGGUGGAUAACCCAUCCAUGCGCUGGCAGAUGGCCCUGUACAAAGAGAUGGCUGGGAAGGCUGAAGAUGCUGAUGCUCCUAUGAAAGUUGUUAAGAGAGUACAGGAGGUUUCUGCUGUUCUCUACCACCUUGAAGUGACGGAGCAUCCUUUUAAAUCCAAGAAGAUGGUGUGGCACAAACUGUUGUCCAAGCAGAGACGCAGGGCUGUGGUAGCUUGCUUUAGGAUGACACCGCUCUACAACAUUCCGAGACACAGAGCUUCAAACAUGUUCCUCGAGGGUUACAAACGCAACUGGCUCUAUACUGAGGGUUUCUCUUUUGAAGACAGGAUGAUUGACGACUUAUCUAAAGCAAUGGAGCAAGAAGAAGGAGAUGAAGAGGAGGAGAAGGAAACAAAACCAGAUCCCCUUCACCAGCUUAUUCUUCAUUUUAGUCGAACUGCCCUAACAGAGAAGAGUAAACUGGAUACAGAUCAUCUUUAUAUGGCAUAUGCAGAUAUUAUGGCAAAAAGUUGUCAUAUUGGUGAGGAUGAAGAAGGUGGAGAGGAUAUGGAUGAGAAUGCUGAAGAUGAGAUGUCCUUUGAGGUGCGACAGUCAGAACUGGAAAAAGAAAUGGAGAAACAAAGGCUCCUAUACCAGCAGUCCAGACUUCAUAAUCGUGGUGCUGCAGAGAUGGUCCUGCAAAUGAUUAGUGCCUGCAAAGGUGAAACUGGUCCCAUGGUAUCCACAACCCUCAAGCUCGGUAUUUCUAUCUUAAAUGGUGGAAACAGUGAGGUUCAGAGGAAAAUGUUGGAGUACUUAAAGGAUAAGAAGGAUGUAGGCUUCUUUUUGAGUGUCCAGGCCUUGAUGCAGACUUGCAGUGUCCUGGAUCUGAAUGCCUUUGAGAGGCAGAACAAGGCAGAAGGGCUCGGCAUGGUUUCAGAGGAAGGCACGAAUGAGAAGGUGAUGGCUGAUGAUGAGUUUACCUGUGACCUCUUCCGAUUCUUGCAACUGCUCUGUGAAGGCCACAAUAGUGAUUUUCAGAACUACCUUCGGACACAAACAGGCAGUACAACUACCAUCAAUGUGAUCAUAUGCACUGUAGAUUACCUCCUUCGGCUUCAGGAAUCUAUCAGUGAUUUCUACUGGUAUUACUCUGGCAAAGAUGUUAUUGAUGAUCCAGGCAAAAAGAACUUCUCCAAAGCUAUGACAGUGGCGAAACAGAUUUUCAACAGUCUAACUGAAUAUAUCCAGGGUCCAUGCACUGGCAACCAGCAGUCCCUUGCUCACAGCAGGCUGUGGGACGCUAUUGUGGGGUUCCUUCAUGUCUUUGCACACAUGAUGAUGAAGCUGGCACAGGACUCGAGCCAGAUUGGUUUGCUGAAGGAGCUUCUUGACCUCCAGAAAGACAUGGUUGUCAUGUUGCUCUCAUUAUUGGAGGGGAAUAUUGUAAAUGGAACAAUUGCACGCCAGAUGGUGGACAUGUUGGUAGAAUCCUCCAGCAAUGUCGAAAUGAUCCUCAAGUUCUUUGACAUGUUUCUUAAACUGAAAGACAUUGUGGCCUCAGAUGCUUUCCGCGAUUAUGUGACAGACCCUCGAGGCCUCAUCUCCAAAAAGGACUUCCAGAAGGCCAUGGACAGUCAGAAGCAGUACUCGCCUUCUGAGAUCCAGUUUCUGCUGUGUUGCUCAGAGGCAGAUGAGAACGACAUGAUCAAUUAUGAGGAGUUUGCCAGUCGCUUCCAAGAACCCGCCAAGGACAUUGGGUUCAACAUCGCAGUGCUGCUCACUAACCUGUCUGAGCACGUCCCCCAUGACACCCGGCUGAAGAACUUCCUGGAACAAGCAGAGAGUGUGCUCAACUACUUCCGCCCAUUCCUUGGUCGCAUUGAAAUAAUGGGGGCCAGCAGGAAGAUUGAGAGGAUCUACUUUGAAAUCAGUGAAGUAAACCGUAGACAGUGGGAGAUGCCACAAGUCAGAGAAUCCAAACGGCAGUUCAUAUUUGAUGUGGUCAAUGAGGGUGGUGAAUCAGAGAAGAUGGAGAUGUUUGUCAACUUCUGUGAAGACACUAUCUUUGAGAUGAACAUAGCCUCCCAAAUUUCCGAGCAGGAGGAAGAGGAAAAAGGGGAAGAAGAUGAUGAAGUAGAGGACGGUGGAGGCGAGGGUGGAACAGGUGGGGGAGCAGGUGGAGGAGGAGGGGAUGAUGACAGCAAUGGGGAGGAAGGGCAGCCAGAAUCCACCUCUGCCUUUGUAGACUUCAUAAACAGCAUGUUGAGCUUCUUCAGCAUUUUUACGUUCCGCAACCUUCGCAGACAGUAUCGCAGAGUGAGAAAGAUGACCUUCAAGGAGAUCGUUGUGGCUUUGUCCAAGUUUUUCUGGACCAUCCUAAUGAAUAUACUGCACUUCAUUUACAAUGUGUGCAAAGGCUUCUUUUUGAUCAUCUGGCAAGCUCUCUUUGGAGGUGGCUUGGUCGAGGGAGCUAAAAAUAUCACAGUGACAGAGAUUCUAGCAAGCAUGCCAGAUCCCACGCAGGAUGAUGUGCAUGGAGAUGGACCAGGAGAGCAAGGGACCGGUGAAGAACAAGACACUGGAGGGGUAACAGACACUGGUGAGACUGGGAGUGGUGAAGAGGAAGAAGAGGACACUCAGGAGAAGGAGGGCGGGAGGAUACCAGGAAUAGAUGCUCCAGGUGGACUUGGAGACAUGGGUAUAGAGGAAGCUGCUGAACCUCCAACUCCUGAGGGAACUCCCAUAACAAAGAGAAAAAUGGCACCAGAGGAGUCUGACGCCAGCCAAAAACCACCCGAGCCUGCUCCUGUAGAAGAGACGCCUCCAGAGCCUGAAAAGGCUGAUGUUGAAAAUGGAGAAAAAAAUGAAAAAGACCCCCCAAUUGAAGAAGAGGAAGAACCAGAAAAACCUAAGAAGUCCUCUGCAAAGAAAGAGAAGAAAGUGAAAAGAGAUGGAGGUUUUCAAAUCUGGACUGAGCUGGAGACUCAAAGAAAUAAAUUCAUGAACUACCUCUCGAGAAACUUCUACAACCUGCGGUUUUUGGCUCUGUUCCUCGCUUUCGCACUGAAUUUCAUUCUACUUUUCUACAAGGUGUCUGAAAUACCACCUAAUGGCGAGGAGAUGGAAGGAUCUGGACUGUCAGAGGGGAGCGGGCUGUUCGAGGGCUCCGGCUUGUUCGAAGGCUCAGGGGAAGAGGCUGAGGGAUCUGGAAUGAGUGACGGAGAUGAGGAUGAAGAAGACGUCCCAAUUUAUUUUUAUUUAGAGGAGAGCACUGGAUAUAUGCAGCCCACUCUGUCCCUCCUUGCCAUCCUGCACACGGUCAUUUCAUUUAUCUGUAUCAUAGGCUACAACUGUUUGAAGAUUCCACUUGUGAUCUUUAAAAGAGAGAAAGAGCUUGCAAGAAAACUGGAGUUUGAUGGUCUUUACAUCACUGAGCAGCCUGAGGAUGACGACAUCAAGGGCCAGUGGGACCGACUCGUCCUGAAUACACCCUCUUUCCCAAAUAAUUAUUGGGAUAAAUUUGUGAAACGUAAGGUGCUGGAUAAAUAUGGGGACAUUUAUGGAAGAGAGAGGAUAGCUGAGCUCCUGGGUGUUGAUUUAGCCUCACUGGAUGUCAGUCAACAACAUGAGAAGAAACAGGAGGAACCAGAUAACUCUGUGUUUGCCUGGGUUACCUCCAUUGACAUCAAGUACCAGGUCUGGAAGUUUGGGGUUGUGUUCACAGAUGGUACUUUCCUUUACCUCUGUUGGUACCUGAUAAUGUCUUUGCUGGGACAUUACAACAAUUUCUUCUUUGCCUGCCACUUGCUGGACAUCGCCAUGGGUGUGAAGACACUCCGCACUAUCCUGUCCUCAGUCACACACAAUGGCAAACAGCUAAUGAUGACAGUGGGCUUACUGGCCGUGGUGGUGUACCUUUACACUGUGGUCGCGUUCAAUUUCUUCCGCAAGUUUUACAACAAAAGCGAGGAUGAAGACGAACCUGACAUGAAAUGUGAUGACAUGAUGACUUGUUACCUCUUCCACAUGUAUGUUGGUGUGCGUGCUGGUGGAGGCAUUGGGGAUGAGAUAGAGGAUCCUGCUGGAGAUGAAUACGAGCUUUAUCGAGUGGUCUUUGACAUUACUUUCUUCUUUUUCGUCAUUGUGAUUCUGUUGGCCAUUAUUCAGGGUCUAAUUAUUGAUGCCUUUGGAGAACUCAGAGACCAACAAGAGCAGGUCAAGGAAGACAUGGAGACAAAAUGCUUCAUAUGUGGCAUUGGAAGUGACUACUUUGAUACAACACCUCAUGGCUUUGAGACUCACACUUUUGAUGAACACAACCUGGCCAAUUACCUGUUCUUCUUAAUGUACCUCAUCAACAAAGAUGAGACGGAGCACACUGGGCAGGAGUCAUAUGUGUGGAAGAUGUAUCAGGAGCGUUCCUGGGACUUCUUCCCUGCUGGAGACUGUUUCAGAAAACAGUAUGAAGAUCAGCUUUCUUAGAACAGAAAUGACUAAUACUGAGCAGCUGCUUGAUCGAAUUUCCCGACAAAGUGAUUAUGUGAUUAAAAAAUAAAAGAUCUAGACUUUGACCAUUUCAGACAUGAACAUUUGCACUCUUCUUUAUUUUUUCUAUUAAGAAACAGGUAAAGGUAAAAAUAGAAUUCAUAAGUUUUUAGAGGACAAAGAUAUUGACUCCGUCAUCAGCUGUGGAAUGUUAUGAGGGUUUCUGCACCUUUAAGGUUUAAUUAUGUUUUCAAAGGAAAUAAGUGAGAGAGUUCCACUCUACAAAGUGUUUAUGUGAUAACAUAAGGUGCAUCACCUAUCACACACAGAAUGAAAAAGGAAUGAAGCUACUCAGAAAGUAACUUUGGUUUUGGUUUAAAUCCAUUUUACAUUUCUCCUAUAGAAGCUUUUUGUCUUUUUGGUCUGGCCCUCUUCAGAUACUCCUUCGUCUUUAAAUGAUAGAAUUUUCUUUUCAUUGCUCAAGAAAAAGGGACAUUGUUUAAAUGCGACAAUGAGUUGAAGCUGUACUUUAUUAGACUGUGUGAAACUCGUGGUUGAAGUUUGCUUUAUUGAACACCAAACACACACAGAAGCUAGUAUAAAACUCUAUGAAGAUGACUGUAAGUCAGUUUAUAUUAAGUUGAUAUAGAUUAAUGCUUGCUCUAUGAUAUCAUGUUUUCAUUUAAACUGAACAGUUUUCAUUUAGCAGCGACCUUCCUCACAGCAUAAUAUUUUAUGAUGCAUGUCCUAUUUUGCAGCCUUUACAAUAUGAAAUCAAUCAAUGAAAUAUAUUUAUACGA